AUUUUAUUUAUAUACACGCACGCUACAUACAUACAUACAUACACAAAAAAAAGUGAGUUUAACCCUUUUAUCGUCAUAUCCUUUUUUCCAUCAUCUCUCACAAAGCCCGUAACAUAAUAAAACUUGAGUGGGAUGCACAACACACAUAUUUUCCUCUUUUAUGUACUUGUGACAUACUAAUUAAUCAAUACAUACACAAAUAAAUAUUGCAAACUAUAUUUGUUUAUUUUAAAUAAUUGGCUAUGGUAUUUUCUCUUUUUCAAUACAAGUAAUCCAUGAACCAAAAAUGGUUCCAAAUAAUUCACUCUAAUAUCACGUUUAAUUCAAGUGUGGGCGACCCUUUUUGAACUUUACUUAAAAUAAAUUGUAUCCAUUACAUUUAAAUCAUUGGCAUGACAUACGUAAUGGAAGUGAAAGUCAAAUCUUCCACUUAGAUACUCUUAAGUCACUGUCAGAUAUAAAGUACAAAAAUUGUGUUCAAGAAAUUAACCUGCCGAUUGAAAUAGCCUUAAACAACAUAUAAAUACUGAAAUAAUAGAUAAUGAACACAUGGAAAACAUGAAUUACGAAAUAGGAGAUAUUGUUUCGUCCAAUUUCCCGAUGGAAAAUGAUACUGAUCUUACAACUCUCCUGGAGGAUAAGAAUGUUUGUGAAAUGUUCAAUGACUUUCUCGGAAGGCACGGAUGCAUUUCUCAACUGAAAUUUGUCUGGGCUGUCAACGGUCUUUAUGGUGUUGAUGAUGGAAUUAGAAUAAAACUUAUGAAGCAAAUAAUAUCCCAAUUACUGCCAGGAACACAAGGAAUUGAACAAUCUAUGCUAAAAAGAUUACAUGAUGUACUAAAUCAAACAAGCUUCAAUUGUGGAACGGAAUCAAUCUACAGUCUCACCAAUGUACUUGAGUCAGCCCGAGACCAAGUCUGGAUUCACACCGAAACUGUCCUAUUUCCUCAAUUUCGUCAGGAAAAUAACCCAAUACUAUGCGCCCUUUCUUACGCGGAGAGAAAUUCUGGAGCAUUUGAUAACAUUUGUGAAGGUCGUCCCUCGUCCACCUCCCUGGCAUUCAUGCAACAGAUAAUGAUACAGAAGCAAAAGAAUAUGGAAUUUGACAAGUUGGCCAGGACAAACCCACACAAUUUUGCUUACCUAUUAUUCCAAAAACUGGACCAGUCCCUGACGAUUAAACAGCAUGUCAUUAAUCAAAUUCCUUCUGAUGUCUUGGACGCAAAAUAUGCCCACAUUACAAGAGUCAGGUCAAAUUCGAGUGAAGAUGAAGAAAUGGAUCGCAUUUUGACCGACCAUGUCGACAAUGUGUUGGAAAAUAGCCCAAGUCCUGUCCUCACUAGUGGCCCAUUACUUCAAGAUUCUUUGCCUUAUUACCCAGAAAAUCAUUUACAACAACAGAAUACUGGACGAAGGUCGACUGAAAAUAAUUAUGCUCCAUCUUCUUCAACAUCACUUCGAGAAUGGAAUAAGAGAAUACAUGGCUCAAAACGUUCUUUGGAUUCUGCCAUAUCCGGAACGAGUAUGGUUUCGUCAUCCUCACAUCAAAAAUCCAUAACCUCCUCUUCCAGAGCCAAUCGGCAUCCCAGCAUGAUAAGUUUAGACUCUGGUAUAUCUUCGCUCCAAUCAAAGAAAACAAUUUGGGAUAAGCUUCGAGAAUACAAUGAAAUUCAUCAGGCAAUCCAAGAAGGGGUGGAAGAGGGUGCCACGUUAUCAUCGUCAUCAUCACAAUCGGAUGGCAUGGGAAAUGGGUCAUCGCGUAGUAGAACGUCUGAAUUGGGAAUUGCACCGCAUAAUCAACCAAGGGCUGAUUUACACUCACAGAAAAGUCAUAACCAGAGACAAUUCAAGAAGAACAAGACUGAUAUUAACUCUGCUGAUCAAGAGUUAUCGUCUUUACAUACCAAAUACAUUUCCACCAUUGUGACUUAUCAGUCAGAAAGUGGGACAUCUAAUGAAUCCUUCCUCUUGAAGAUUCCAACUAGCUCCACGAUUAAGCUUGACCUGUUCAAAAAAUAUCUCCCAAGAAAAGUUGAGCAUACCUUCAGAUAUUUUUUCAAAUCAGAAAUAUCGUGUCCAGAAAUGGGAUGCGGAAAUGAGGCUGGUAGUAUUUUCGUGGUAAAUGAAGAGAUUACGGAGGAUUAUCAGGACAUCCCCCUGCUAAAUGGCAAAAUCGUUGCAGUUGUUAAGACGGGAUGAUUUCUAAAAAAUGUGGGAAGCUACAUUAUUGUAAUCCAGACCAGCGAGUACCAUAUACUUAACACCAUUACGAAUUUUUUAUACCUUGACUCAAACCGGAUGAUUCAUUACGAGUUUGUAUGUUCGUAUCGCAAAAAUAACUUUUCGAACGAAAUACUAGCCUUGGAGAUGCGCACAUUUUUUACAAACUUGUGCUUUUGCGUUGCUAAUGAUGCGAACUUGCUGUGAAUGUUAUCCUAAGUGUUAUCUUUCUUGAGCAAUCAAUAAAUGAAGACUGAUAAAUACUUGUACUUGGAUAUUGAACGGAUCAAUACAAAAUGAUUGAAAUCAGUUAAGUAGUAUUUAGUCAAUUUUGAUAACACAUUCUGAAAUGAAAAUUCAGUGACUGAUUCUUCCAACCAAGUCACAAGUUAUAUCAUAUUUAAGACUAUUAUGCAUUUUAAUGACAUUGUUAACAAAUAGAUAUUUACUGGAAAAUAAAUUUUAUAUAAUACUCAUAAGUCGAAA